AAGGCUCUGAGAGGAAUAGGAGAACUCGGGCCUUGAGGAGUGAGGCUCAAUAACUGGGAGCCUGCCUCCAUCCUCGGGGCAAGCUUCUGUGCCAUCUUCCAAGAGAGGCACCAGGACCUCCCUGCAGAAGCCCACACGCGGAACCCCCAGCCUUAAGAGGUGCGAAAAGUUAUUAGACUGGAAGCGACUUCCGGCUUGGCCACCACAUUUCCAGCCUGGUCUGUGGUGGGAGGAGCCACAAAAGUCCCGCCCACCAGCCCGCUGCAUCUCACUGGCCGCCAUCCGGCACACUACGCCCCUAUUGGAGGGUGGGCAACCGGAACUGUGAAGCCCUUCGGGUAGCAGCCUUGGCCAAGUCCCGUGCGAGGGUCGCUGACUGGAAGUUGGGCGGUGUGGAGGAGCGGCGCAGCCUCUGAGGAGCUGCUGUGAUCAGAGUGCGGCUGGCAGGCGGAGGCUUGGACAGAAGCAAGCCUCGUUGCCCUGUUGUCAGGCUGCCCUGACAACGGGACAAUGCUUCGGUUUAUUUCCAGGGUUUUUGGCUUCUGGAGGAGGGUGGAUUCGUCUGAGGCAGAGAGCACGCAACAUCUGAGGCGUCUGGAAGGUGACACCAAGUUAAAAGUUGUCCAGGGAGUCGUGACCAAAUUCUGUAGUGACCAUGGAUUCAUUGAUGAGUUGAUCUACUUCAGCAGUGAUGUUGUCACUGGCAAUGUGCUUCUGAAAGUUGGGCAAAAGGUUACUGCAGUUGUGCAAGAAGAUAGAACAUAUAGACUGAAAGCCAUCAAAGUAGAUGCUUUCUGCGAUGAAUGCCACGAUGAUGGGCCGCCAGACCCCUGCCCUAGAGUUUCCCUGGGCUGUAUGAACUCUCUGAUGGAAGAUGGCCGCUGCAUUCAUCACACAGCUUACUUCUCUCUGGAUGUUGUUUGUAAAGGUUUUGAGCCUUAUCAGGGUGACCGAGUAGAAGUUGAGUUUUCCACCCAGCCAGACACAGGGAGCAGAAAGGCCCUCUCAGUGAAGCCUCUGAGACAUAAGCACGUUCGUGAGGCCUGCAUCUCUAGCCUACAUGGAAGAAAUGGGGUGAUAGGUGAUGAUAUCUUUUUCACCCUGGAUUCUCUGAAACUUCCUGAUGGCUACGUACCUCAAGUAUCUGACAUCGUCAAUGCGGUUGCGGUAGAGAGCAUCCAGUCCUGCUAUAUUUGGAGAGCAAUUUCUAUGACUCUAGUGAAGAGGGGUUAAUAAGAAAGCAAUGUUUUUAUUCCCUGUGCAGUUUUUUCUUCUCUUGGCUGUCAGAGCCUGGUUUAAAUGUGUUUGGAAGGAAAACAGUUUAGUUAAACCUCAACAAUUAAUUCAAAGACAAGGUUUCAAAUCCUGUGUGGCUUGGCUAAACAGAGUGCAUCUUCUGCAGAGUGUUUGGCAUUUUCCAUUAUUGAUUAAAGACAUUUUCAUCUUCA